CCUGCUCGCAGCCCAACGGCCUCUCCAAGAAUGCUACAUUUAAAAGUGCAGUUUUUGGAUGAUUCCCAGAAGAUUUUUGUGGUUGAUCAAAAGUCAUCCGGGAAGGCGCUGUUUAACCUGAGUUGCAGCCACCUAAAUCUUGCUGAAAAGGAAUAUUUUGGAUUAGAAUUCUGUAGCCAUUCUGGAAAUAAUGUCUGGUUGGAGAUACUGAAGCCCAUUACAAAGCAAGUAAAAAUGGACCCCGGACAUCUUCGAGAAGAGCUUACAAGGUAUCUUUUUACUCUUCAAAUAAAGAAGGAUUUGGCUCUAGGAAGGCUUCCAUGCAGUGACAACUCUACAGCAUUGAUGGUAUCUCACAUCCUACAAUCAGAACUGGGUGACUUUCAUGAAGAAACAGAUAAGAAACAUCUGGCACAAACCCGAUACUUACCGAACCAAGACUGUUUAGAGAGCAAGAUCAUGCACUUUCAUCAGAAGCACGUCGGCAGGAGCCCGGCUGAAUCGGACAUUCUGCUACUGGAUAUAGCAAGGAAGCUGGAUAUGUACGGCAUCAGGCCUCACCCCGCCAGUGAUGGCGAAGGGAUGCAGAUCCACCUGGCUGUUGCUCACAUGGGAGUAGUGGUAUUACGGGGAAAUACAAAGAUCAAUACUUUCAACUGGGCUAAAAUCCGCAAGUUGAGUUUUAAGAGAAAGCAUUUUCUCAUCAAACUUCAUUCCAACAUUUUGGUGUUGUGCAAGGACACCUUGGAGUUCACCAUGGCCAGCCGAGAUGCCUGCAAGGCUUUCUGGAAGACUUGUGUGGAGUACCAUGCUUUUUUCAGACUUUCUGAAGAGCCCAAAUCAAAGCCCAGAACCCUACUCUGCAGCAAGGGCUCCAGUUUCCGCUACAGCGGAAGAACCCAACGGCAGCUUUUGGAAUAUGGAAAGAAAGGGAGGUUGAGGAGCUUACCAUUCGAGAGGAAACAUUACCCAUCUCAGUACCAUGAACGGCAGUGCAGGUCGUCACCAGACCUCCUCUCUGAUGUAUCAAAACAAGUGGAAGAUUUGAGACUAGCGUAUGGCGGCGGAUACUACCGAACCGCGAAUGGGGUGCGAGCCUCGGAGCCCGUGCUGGACGGUAGGAGGAGGAGCUCCGCGGCCGAGGUGACGUUUGCCGCCGCGCCAGAGCGGUCCAAACCAGAGGCGGACCCCGCGUUGUUACAUCAGUCCCAGAGCAGUUCCUCUUUCCCUUUUCUUUACACAGACCCCGAUCCCAGAGACUACUUUGAGGGAAGGAGUCCUCUGAGCUCCUUCCAGCCGAGCUGUAAGUUUGCUGACAAUCACAUGAGCACACCUGCCGGCCUCACAAGUGAAGUGAGCCCAGCGAGGCGGCUGACUUACACAGAUGUGCCCUAUAUACCUUGUACUGGCCAGCAGGUCAAUAUUAUGCCUCCCCAAGUCUUUUUUUACGUGGACAGACCACCCCAGGUGCCCAGACGGUCUCCGAUCUUGGCAGAGGAAAGGGAAAGGCCAGACAGCUCUCCAGGGCCCACUGCAACGAAGCCAGCCAAAAGGAGCCCAAGGAAUGUCAGAAUGAAGAGCUUUCAGCAAGACUUUGAAGAACCCCAAGAAGCUAUGGCCAGGACCAGUGGUAGGAGCAACAUCAACAUAGAUCUGGAAGCGGAAGACCCAAAUUUAGAAGAUGCGUUUGCAUGUAACAUUCAAGAGCAAACUCCCAAACGAUCCCAGAGCCAAUCAGAUAUGAAAACAAUCCGUUUUCCUUUUGGGUCUGAAUUUAGACCUUUAGGGCCUUGUCCUACUCUGAGUCGUAAAGCUGACUUUUUCCCAUAUAUGUUUGCAGAGCAGAAGCUUCCAACAGUUUUAAUGCAUCAGGGAGCAUCAGAAAGAUACGUAGCUAGUGAAUCCAGUGAUUCAGAAUCAGAAAUUCUUAAAUCAGACUACUACUCUUUGUAUGGCCAAGGGAUAAGGUCACCCAUGGCCAGAAUCCGCUUAUCUUCUGGUAGUCUACAGCUAGAUGAAGAGGACGAAGACGUUUCUUUCAGUACACCGACUGCUGAAGACAGGACUUUGCUAAAACCGUGUAAUUACUUUUUAGCUUAGAAGU